UGAGCUUUCAUAUCAGAGACUUUAUAAAGGGGAGAACCACUGACGUCGAUAUAACAUAACGUCAUGAUCACGUGCCUACAAAUACAACACUUGCCUAAAACAGAACACCAAAUCAAUGAUCGAGGAAAACAAAACAGGAAAGCGUGAAAAACAGAUAGCCAGGGGGAAAGGAACGUUACAAAAAAAAAAGAAAGUCCCGAAAAUGGCCUUUCAAAUCAGUAACCAAGAAAAAAGGAAUGACGACAGUUACGCAUGGUAUCUCCUGCUACCUGCUGGAUUGCUGUGAUGACGGCCCCGUUCAUGUUCACGAUCGUGGUUACGAUCACGUCUAACGAUUAAUGAGAGCGAUCGUAGUUAGAAGAUGACUCUGUG